UGUGUGUCUGUCCUUCCUAACCCUAACCCGUCUCAUUCUAUCCCUACCUCCCGCUCUUACCCAAAUUUUCCAGCCACUGCUGGAGUUGACUUCCGCAAUCCUGACAGAAUAAAUCCAGCACCCUUAGUCUUCCGCUCACGGUAGCCACACUUCCCGUCUGAGAGGAGCGGAGACGACAAGAUUCUCAACAGCAGGAUGUGGGUGUUGAAGUUUCUGCUGCUACCCACGGUGAGCUUCGCUCUGCACCCUGAGGGGAUGCUGGACACCCAGUGGGAGCUGUGGAAGAAGACUCACAGGAAGCAGUAUAACAGCAAGGUGCAUGAAAUCUCUCGGCGUUUAAUAUGGGAGAAAAACCUGAAGCAAAUUUCCAUUCACAAUCUUGAGGCCUCUCUUGGUGUCCACACGUAUGAACUGGCUAUGAAUCACUUGGGGGACAUGACCAGUGAAGAAGUGGUUCAGAGGAUGACUGGACUCACAUUACCACCCACGCGUCCCUCCGGCAACGACACUCUCUACACCCCAGAGUGGGAAGGCAGAGUCCCGGACUCCGUGGACUACCGCAAGAAAGGCUAUGUGACUCCAGUCAAAAACCAGGGUGAGUGUGGUUCCUGUUGGGCUUUUAGCUCUGCGGGUGCCCUGGAGGGCCAACUCAAGAAGAAAACUGGCAAACUCUUAACCCUGAGUCCCCAGAAUCUCGUGGACUGUGUGUCAGAGAACGAGGGCUGUGGAGGAGGUUACAUGACCAGGGCCUUCCGGUAUGUGCAGGUGAACGGGGGCAUUGACUCUGAAGACGCUUAUCCAUACGUGGGCCAGGAUGAAAGUUGUAUGUACAAUGCAACAGCCAAGGCAGCCAAAUGCAGAGGGUACAGAGAGAUCCCUGUGGGGAACGAGAAAGCCCUCAAGAGAGCGGUGGCUCGGGUAGGACCUGUCUCUGUGGCAAUUGAUGCAAGUUUAACAUCUUUCCAGUUUUACAGCAGAGGCGUGUACUAUGAUGAAAAUUGCGACCGUGAAAAUGUGAACCAUGCGGUGUUGGUGGUGGGCUAUGGAAUCCAGAAGAGAAACAAACACUGGAUAAUUAAAAACAGCUGGGGAGAAAGCUGGGGAAACAAAGGCUAUGCUCUCUUGGCUCGGAACAAGGACAACGCCUGUGGCAUAGCCACCCUGGCCAGCUUCCCCAAGAUGUGACUGCAGCCGCCGCCCUGUGAGUUCGCCCAUUCCUUCUUUCAUGGUGCAAGUGGCAGUGACCUGUGGAAGGGCUUGGCACAGCACUCCUGAAGCGGACUCA